GCCGGGCCUGUGUGACGAGGGAGCGGCGAGAGAGAGGGCGAGCGCCGGGCGGUGGCAGCGGCGGUGGGUUUGGCCCACGGGCCGGGUAUAGCCAUAAUGGCAGAGGACUUGGCUCCGUCUUUGUUUUUCCAGCAUCAGUAUAUGUGUUCUGAGUGUGGACUUCUCUACAACACUUUGGAGGGGGUGCUGAUCCACCACCAGAGUCAUUUAGGGGAGUCCUGUGAGUUUGCAGCUGCUGCCACUGUUGCAGACGCAGAAUCCCAACAGGACAACCACUAUCAGUGCCUGGAAUGCGGGUGUGUCUUGUGGUCACCUGAUGAAUUGUUAGCCCACCAGGAAGUGCAUCCCAGAGAAGUACCAACCCGCCCUUCAUCUCUCCCAGCUACCACUGGACAGAUCCGCUACCAAUGCAAUGAGUGUAAUGAACUUUUUCCUUCUACAAGCCUGUGGCUAGCUCACCGCCGGACACACCAGAAGCAGGAGGCUUCAACAAACUCUUUGCCAUUAACUUUACCUUCUCCCCAGCCACCUCCCUCCCCUCUUUCCCAAAUACCCAAUCCUCAGCCUCCCCAUACUGCUUCCCCAUCAGCCUUGCAGGAAUUACUUCCAGUGUCGCCACAGUCAGUUCCACCCAUGCAUCCUUAUGAAUGCUCAGAGUGUGCCUGUCUUUUCUUAACACCAGAGGAGCUGCUAGAGCAUCAGGGCGAACAUUUUACUGAGAUUGAGAAAGAGAGUGGGGAGCCAGCUGAGGUGGCGACACAAGAGGUGCGCAGUCCCUACAUGUCCCCAGUGCCAGACCCUGAGGAAACUACAGCAGUGCCUCCCCCUGCUCAGGUUUUCUGCUGUACUGAGUGCAAGCAGGCUUUUGGCACAAUGGAGGCACUUCAACAGCAUCAACAAGAACAUGUGGGGAGCAGUGAGGAAUUCCUGUGUGGGGAAUGCCAGCGUGGCUUCACAACAGCCAAGCGGUUAUUGGCUCACCAGCGGGUGCAUGUGGAUGGCACGUACGAGUGUCCAAAUUGCAACAAGAUCUUCAAAAAGGCAGCAUCUCUUGAACAACACAUGCGCAUCCACAAAGGUGAGGCACUCUACCUCUGUGUGGACUGCGGGCUUGGCUUCUCCACCGAGAUGACCUUAAUUAUGCACCGCAAAAAUCAUACUGCCAACCCUCUACACCGUUGUCAUUGUGGCAAGACUUUCAGCAAUAUGACCAAGUUUCUUUACCAUCGACGCACACACGCUGGCAAGAGUGGGAUCCCAACCACACGUGGGGCAGUGGGAGACCCUGCAUCCAGCCAGCCUACUGAGCCAGUGCCCAGGGAUGGGGAACCGCUUGUAAAUGGCUCAGCCCCUCCCUUCCUUUCACCAGGGACCUCGGCAGAGGUCCCAGGCGGUGGGUUCUUGUGUCCUCAGUGUGGAAAGGCGUUCUCCACUCACAUCCGGAUGGUGCGACAUAAGCGAGUUGUGCAUGUGCUGGAGCGCAAGCAUAAAUGUCCCACGUGUGGCAAAAAGUUCAAGAAGCUGGUACAUGUGCGGAACCACCUGCGGACACAUACGGGGGAGAGGCCAUUUCAGUGCUCAGAAUGUGGCAAGACAUUCGUCUCCCAGGCUAACUUGGCCCGACACCACGUGACACACACUGGAGAACGGCCCUACCAGUGCCAGGUGUGUGACAAGCGCUUCACUCAGUCCUCCAAUCUUCGUCAGCACCGCCUCUUGCACAUGGCCCCUAACGGAGAUGGGCCCCACUCUUGUGAUGACUGUGGGGCUGCGUUUCUCCGAGCCCAUCAAUUAGCCUUGCAUCGAACUGUACACACAGGGUGCUUGCCUUUCCCUUGUCCAGACUGCGACAAAUCCUUUUCACGCCAUCGUCUCCUUGAACUGCACCAGCUUAGCCACUCUGGGCAUGAGCCUCACCGCUGCCCAGACUGCGGCGCUCUUUUUGUGAUGGCCUCCAAGUUGCAGGAGCACCGCUGUGCCAGGCAACGCGAGCAAGGGGGGGCACAGCAGUCGUAUCUCUGCACGUCUUGUGGCAAGUAUAUGGGUUCAUUGGCCAAGCUGGCAUUGCACCAACUGGUUCAUUCUGGCCAGCGUCCUUAUACCUGUCCACUCUGUGGGAAAGCCUUCACCACCCCUAGCGGGCUGAGCCGACAUCAGCAACGCCAUGCUGGCCUGCGCCCUCACAAGUGCCCUACUUGCAGCAAGACAUUUGUGGCAGCCUCUGGGCUGCAGCUGCACCAACGCACACACACAGGUGAACGCCCGUUCCUCUGCCCAGACUGUGGCAAAGCUUUCCGACAAGCUACCCAUCUUCGUGAACACAGACGCCUGCAUACUGGGGAACGGCCCUAUCGCUGUCCAGAGUGUGGCAAGGCGUUUGUGCAAUCCAUGCACCUUGCUGAGCAUAGACGGAUCCACACUGGGGAGCGCCCUCACCCUUGCCCCCUCUGCCCCAAGACUUUCAAGACCGUCUCUAACUUACGGAGCCACCGCAAGACGCACACGGCACUAGCUGCUGGCCAAGAUGCUCUGCAGUCUUCUGAAUCUCUCGUAGCUUCCAGCCAGUCCACCCAGACAAUUAUGUGCACCAAGUUUGGGGAGACAAUUACUAUAAUUGAGAGUGCUGAGCCUCUCCCCAUGAUGGAGACAAUAGAGAUCUAUCUAGAGAUGUAA